CUUCCGGCGUAUCGGGGCCUUAUGGUGGAGUGGGGGAGAAGACGACAAAAUUCUAGAGAGCUAAACCGAUACAGAUCUAAAAGCACCCCUUCCUACUCCGAAAUCCCUAGCGAAGUAAUGGAAGAGUACCAGGAGGAGUUAAGGACACCGCCGGUGAGUCUGGUAUCGCUGGUGGGAUGUCCGGAGCUUCACGCCGCCAUUUCAAAGCACCUCCAUUCGGAGCAGCCACCAAUCAACACCCUCGCUCUCCCUGACUUCUCCAACGUCUCUCUAUUCUCUAGGACCCCCAAAGGCGACGAUCCUUCCCCUGCUCAUGUCGUUCCAGGCAUCUUGAAGCGGGAUUGGCUCCUCAAGCACCGCACUAGGGCUCCCUCCGUGCUCGCCGCUCUCUUCUCUUCCGAUCAGCUCUCCGGCGACCCCGCCCAGUGGCUCCAGGUCUGCUCCCUCCUUGAUCAAAUCAAAGCCGUCCUUCGUUCCCGAAACAUUAAAUUUCUUCUUGUGGUGGUGGUGGUGCCGCAUGGAGACGAUAUUGGCGAAGAUCGAAUGCUUGCUCUACGCAAGCGUGCCGAACUGGAUUCGAAAUACAUUGUCAUCCUUAAGCCGGACGAGCCCUCCGAGCUCAAACAGUCACUCAGCAGGCUCGGAUCCGCCCUGGCAGAAUUGGCCAAUACAUAUUACAGAGAUGAAGGAAAACGGAUUAAAUUGCGUAUUGAAAAGAAGACCUCUAGUUCUUCUAGUAUUGAGUUGCACAUUCGUUAUUGCUUCAAAGUUGCUGUGUAUGCAGAGUUCCGAAGAGAUUGGGCUGAAGCUUUGAGAUUUUACGAAGAUGCCUAUCAUACACUGCGAGAGAUGGUUGGUACAUCGAAAAGGUUGCCAGCUAUUCAACGCUUAGUUGAGAUAAAAACUGUGGCAGAGCAAUUGCACUUCAAGAUAUCAACUCUGUUAUUCCAUGGUGGAAAGGUUGGGGAAGCAGUUACGUGGUUCCGCCAGCAUAAUGCUUCUUAUAGAAGGCUGGUUGGAACCCCAGAAGCCGUCUUUCUUCAUUGGGAGUGGAUGAGUAGACAAUUUUUGGUAUUCGGGGAGUUGCUGGACAAAAGUUCAGCAGCCAUUGCAAAUAUUUCAUCUCUAGCUUUAGGUACAGCUGACAAACCUUUGUCCGAGUGGGAAUCUCGUCCAGCGUAUUACUAUCAGUUAGCUGCUCACUACUUAAAGGAGAAGAGAGCUUCUUUGGAACUUGCGCUCUCAAUGUCCGAAACUGGUAAUGAGAUGGAUAAUAAUGCUGAGUCUGUGGUACCUUCAGCUUAUGUUGGUCAGUUUGCUCGAUUGCUGGAGCAAGGGGAUGAAUUUGCUAUGCAGCCUCUCACUGAUGAAGAAUAUAUCCGUUUUGCUGUUGUGGAAGGAAAAAGGUUUCAAGAUUCAUAUGAAAUAAUUGCCUUGUUGAAAAAAUCUUAUGAAUCAUAUAGUAAUCUCAAAGUCCAGAGGAUGGGCUCUUUCUGUGGAUUCCAAAUUGGCAAGGAAUAUUAUACGGCUGGUGAAUUUAAUAAUGCGAAACAGCUUUUUGAUGAUAUUGCAAGUCUGUACAGACGAGAGGGGUGGGUCACUCUUCUUUGGGAAGUCUUGGGUUACCUGCGGGAAUGUGCAAGGAAAUAUGGUACUGUGAAAGAUUUUAUAGAGUACUCACUUGAAAUGGCUGCGCUUCCAGUAUCAUCUGGUACUGAUACCCAGUCUUUCUAUAGAGAGAAUGGUCCAGCUGGCCCUGCAAGUUUGGCACGGAGAGAAGAAAUACACAAGGAUGUUUUCGGGCUUGUCAUUGGGGAAUCAGGGCUAUCAUCAGUUGAGAGCAAUGAUGAUCUCAAAAUUACUGUACAUAAUCCACUUCACCUUGAGAUUGAUCUUGUCAGUCCACUAAGAUUGGUGCUUCUUGCUUCGGUUGCAUUUCAUGAACAAAAAACCAAGCCCAGUGUACCCACUUUGAUUACACUCUCACUAUUAUCACAAUUACCCCUGACUGUUGAAAUUGAUCAAUUAGAAGUGCAAUUCAAUCAAUCUAAUUGCAACUUUAUCAUCAUGAAUGCCCAAAGACCUCCUCUAGCUGAUACAGCUGAUGAUAAACAAGGCUGCCGAGUAGAGACUUCUUCUUCUCUGACACUUUCUACAAACAAAUGGCUACGUUUGACAUAUCACGUCAAAUCUGAAUAUUUUAUGACUGAUUCAGAUCAAAGUGGAAAACUUGAAUGCACAUCUGUUAUAGCAAAAAUGGGACCACACUUCACGAUCUGUUGCAGAGCUGAAAGUCCAGCUUCAAUGGAGGAUUUACCACUUUUCAAGUUUGAAGACCGUGUAGAGACUUAUCCAACCAAGGAUCCUGCUCUAGCCUUCACUGGUCAGAAGGCUACCCAGAUUGAAGAACCGGACCCGCAAGUAGAUCUUAAUAUAGGUGCUUCUGGUCCUGCACUUGUUGGAGAGAGGUUCAUAGUACCUGUUACUGUGAGCUCUGUGGGCCAUGCAGUCUACUCUGGCGAGUUGAAGAUCAAUCUGGUGGAUGUAAGAGGUGGCAGCUUGUUUAGUCCUAGGGAAACAGAAGCAUACUCUUUGGAUAGUCAUCACGUUGAGCUUGUUGGCAUCUCUGUUCCAGAAGGAAAGGAUGAAACUCAAAUGGAUACGGAUGAAAUCAAUAAAAUUCAGAAGUCUUUUGGAUUGUUUUCUGUUCCAUUUCUGAAAUGCGGAGAAUCAUGGUCCUGCAAACUCGAAAUCAAGUGGCAUCGGCCCAAACCUGUAAUGCUUUACGUAUCGUUGGGCUAUUCUCCGCAUGGCUUUGAAUCAACUGCACAAAAGGUUAAUGUCCACAAGAGCUUGCAAAUUGAAGGAAAGACUGCUAUUGUAAUUAGCCAUCGGUUUAUGCUGCCAUUUCGUCAGGACCCAUUGUUGCUGUCUAGGAUCAAGGCAGUCGCUGAUUCUGAUCUGCCAGCAUCACUUCCUCGUAAUGAAACAUGUAUUCUCCUUGUUAGUGCUAAGAACUCUGCAGAGGUUCCGUUGCAAUUACUAGGCAUGUCUCUUCAAGAAGAUAAUGAAGACACUGGAAGGCCAUGUUCUGUGCAACACGAGGGUGAAGACCUUCUGGAACCUGCCCUUCUUGUGCCAGGAGAAGAGUUCAAAAAGGUUUUUACAGUCAUUUCUGAGGAUGAUUCUUCAAAGCUAACGUUAGGGACUGCGUGUGUAACAUGGAUGAGGGAUUCUGGUUCAAAAGCAGCUUCGGUUUUGACUAAACAAACCCUUCCUGAUGUAAAUGUGGAGUCACCUCCUCUGGUUGUGAGUUUGGACUGUCCCCCAUAUGCCAUCCUUGGUGAUCCCUUCACAUACCUUGUCAAAAUUCGGAACCAAACAAUACUGCUUCAAGAGGUAAAAUUCUCAUUGGCAGAUGCACAGAGUUUUGUGUUAUCUGGGUCUCAUAAUGACACGGCUUUUGUUCUUCCAAAAUCUGAGCAUAUUCUCAGUUACAAGCUUGUACCACUUGCCUCAGGCGUCCAACAGAUGCCCAGAUUUACCGUGACAGCAGUAAGAUACUCAGUUGGGUUUCAACCCUCAAUUGCUGCAUCUACUAUAUUCGUAUUUCCCUCGAAGCCUCACUUAAAGGGGGCUGAUGUGGGGGACAGUAGGAUAGGAUCCCUUGUGGCUGAAUGAAUCCCGACCAUCUUAUAUAUAUAUAUAUAUAUUUGAAAAACCAGUUGUAACCAAGCUGAAAGGAUGCAAUCACAGGAUUGUUGAUGGCAAACUUGGUAGACCUUGUCUCUGACUGAUUGUUGGAUGAUUAGAAUCCACUUGUUCAGAAGCUAGAGGGGAGAACAAUUCAUGAAUGCACAAAACUGGGAGACCUCAAGGCAAUAUCUACUGACAUGUUGCGGGGAUAUCAUAGUUGUUACAAUUAGUCAAGCAAUGUUUGUGUUUGUGAUUCUGGGAAGAUCUCGGUAUUAUUAGUAAGAAGGUGUUUAUCCAGAAACAACAUCUAACUGAUAGAAGAAAAUUUGUUGUUAAAUGGUUGGUUAAAUGUUGCAUGCAUGCAUACAUGAAACUCUGGGUUUGUGAAAUAUAUA